AUGUCGAACUCCCCCAGUCCCCUGAACGCGAAUCUGCGCCAUCGCGGCCUCGCCCGGGCUGCCACCGUUGCGGAGGGCCAGAGCCAGCCUCCGCAGCCCCAAGUCCCUCCCCAGCGUCGCAACUCCACCUUCUCCGACUCCGUGUCUGAAGCCAUCCGCUCGUCUACUGAUGAAUUGUUCUUCCCACGUGCCGCCGGGAAGCAUGAUGAUGAGGAGUCACAUUGGCAUUCGGCGCCCCUGGGUCUCGCGCUUCUGCCUGCCAUCGCCGGCAUUUUCUUUCAGAACGGCAGUGCGUUCGUCACAGAUGUUACACUGUUAGCGUUAGCGGCGGUGUUUUUGAAUUGGUCUGUUAGACUGCCCUGGGAAUGGUACCGCUCUGCUCGAAGUAUCCGUCGCCAAAACAGCCUCUAUGACAUCGCACCCCCUCUCGGACUAGACACGCCAAUUAGCCCUACUCAAGACGAGCAGGAAGAUGAGACAUCGCCCGGCCAAGACGAAGAUCGGGACCAUGACCACGACCACGAUGACAGGAGAGAACAUAUCUCUGCCGACAGCACAGCCGCCGCCGCGGUCGAAGAACUACAGAUCCACGAACUGGCCGCGCUCACAUCCUGCUUCCUCUUCCCCAUCAUCGGCACAUGGAUUCUACACACCAUCCGUUCCAACCUCUCCCGCCCCUCCGAAGGCCUCGUCUCAAAUUACAAUCUAACAAUCUUCCUCCUCGCCGCCGAGGUCCGACCCUUCUCGCAUCUCCUCAAGAUGGUCCAAUCCCGCACCCUGCACCUUCAACGCAUCAUCGCCACCUCAGAUGAUGACGACAGCGAGCAGAAGGACAAAAUCGACGCCUUUAAAGUCAUGGACCUCUCCAAACGCAUCGAGGAACUAGAAGCCCACGUCGCCGAGGCAGCCGCUCUACGCAUAUCCACCGUCAACGCCGAGAAGGAGAAGGAGAGGGAGCGCGAGAAUGAGAACCGCGGACUCACCCCGCAAGAACAAGAGUACACCCUCUCCCUCGUCUCCCAAGCAGCCGCCGAGUACCGCAAGGGCUUCCAAACGGACAUCGACGCCCUCAACCGCGCUAUGCGCCGGUAUGAAAAACGCACCGCGCUUGCAGCCUACCAGACCGAAAGCAGACUUCACAUGCUGGAAUCCAAGGCCCGCGAUGCGCUCUCGCUUGCUGCUGCGGCGCAGCGGUCCACAUCUCAUCGCUCUCGCGUUCCAGGCUUAGGACUGUUCGAUAUGGCCCUGGACUGGACAUCCAAGGCUUUCUUGUUGCCGCUGACCAUCGGCGUUUCAGUGGUCCGUCUGCCGCUGCUCAUUGCCAGGCGCGGUGUCCGGGUCUGCAGGGAUAUGGUAUUUGGCUCGCGCUCGGGUUCGGGUUCAAGCAGGUCCUCGAUAAAGAAGAGGUCUCCCACUCCCGCUACUUCCGGCGCUGUUAGUGGCAGUGGCAGUAGUAAAGCGAAAGCUAAAGCGCCGCAAACGCGCAAGCAUGCGCCGACAUCCGCACCGACCUCGGUGCCGUCGUCGUCUACGCAGCAGAAGCGGACGAAGCGCGCCACAAGUGUAGAGGAGUGA